AUGUGGAUGAGAGCUCAAAGCAUUUUCAAAACAGUUGAUGAUUAUAUUAAAAUUAGCCUUUCUAAAGGAAGCAGUGAUAUUUUAUUGGACCAACUGAUGACUUUACUGAGGAAAGAUCAUGCUUUGUUCAUCGAUUUGCUUAAUUCGAAAAAAAGUAUGGUACAUCGGUCGAAGCUGGAUAAAAGUAGUGAAACAGUGGAAUUGGAAAGUGGGGAAACAAUUAAAAUUGAUGAAGGAUUGAAGAGCGAAGCUAUAAUUGUUUCAGAUUUAUUUAACUGCAAUGAGUUUGAUGCAUUGGAAUUGGUAAUUACGGGAGAGCUACAAAUGCAACGUUUUCCAUUUCUGUCCAGAGGUCUUUGUGCUGUUGUUUGUUACUAUGAUUCGCAUCGUUUCAUCACUGCGGCUUUGAAAGCCUUAGCAGAAUUUAGAGUAGAUGAAGACGCAGAGAAGUCUCCAGAACUUCAUGAGCAUUUAAAUCGAUUGCUUAGUGAUAACACAUUGAUCAAACGGCUUAUAGAAAUUUUGCAAAAUAAAAGUGUACAGUCAGAACUGCAGUGUCUUCAUCAGCCACAUGUAAAUGGAUUAGGAGGUCCAAGGCAUCAAGAAAUUUUGCGGGAACUAAUUGAAGAGACAUUAGAAAACUGCUCGAAAACAUUGUAUUUAAUAUGUUCAUCUUGGCGAUUGGAAAUAGCACCACCUUUUCUGAAUGAGUUAUUCGUACCUUUGAAAAAGCUUCAACCAGCAACUCCUUUCCGCAGUACUUAUGUUUCACUGUGGAUUUCUUCUCUAAUACUCAUAUCUCCACACAAUCUUCAGAAUAUGCGGUGUGCUAGAGACUUGUUAAUGGCUUUUUAUAACGAAGUUAUGUUGGAAGAUUGGCAGGAUUCGUGUUUACAAGCUUCUUUGCAGUUUGCAGUUGUCGUAUCGUACAAUUGGUUGAACGUUCGUCAACAUAUGCAGGAAGUUUUGGGUGGUUUCACCAUUAAAGAAGAUGAUUUACUUGAAAAAGCAGUUGAUGGAUUAGCAUUCCAAUUUAUUCGUAAAUGUAUUGUUGCGGUUCCAAAAUUUAAGGAAAACUUAAUGGCUUUUGCAAUGGUCGAUACAUUAAUCAAAAAUUUCAUUGCUCAUUUUGGUAAUCAAGUUAUUUUGCUGCAACAUGUUGGGGAAACAGAAUUGCAAUAUGUCGAGGAUAUGUUGGAAUGUGGCCAGCUUCAUAGACCUCGCCUUCAUUUCGAAAAUUUAAUUCGUUGUAUAGCUGACUUAUAUGACGGUGAUGCACAGCAUUUAAAUAGUUUAUCCUUACAGUUUUGUUGCAGCGAGAGAGAGGAGCUGGUGAAGUUCCUUAAAAAUGGUCGAAGACUUAUCUCGCCUGUAUUGCAGGUUGCAUACCUUGACAUGUUAAAAAGCAUCUGUAAAUGUCGAGAUUCAGCAUGCUUUAUAUUUGGAUUGGUUUCACAUAAUGCACUAUCCACUGCAGAAGAAAACACAUUAUGUUGGGAUCACUUUUGGAGAGCUCUUCAUGACUACCUUGCUGUUUUCAAGCAAGUAAAAGUUCGAACUUCGGGUAUUAUGCGUUUAACACCAGGACAGUGUGAUUCUAUUCAACAAAUUCCACAGACUGAACUUGCUGGUCUUGUUGCGUGGAUCCAGCUAGCAGAAACUGUUGUAAAAAAUGAUCCGCUCUCUCGCCGUCAUUUUAGAGACAAUGGUUCGUGGUCAUGCAUCGAGACAACUGUAAAUCUAGUAACUUCUGGAAUUCCCAUAGUCUUAAAAGGGGCCCUGUUUCGUUUCUUGGCAGCGAUGGCAAUAGACGAAUAUGGUGCUUUAAAAAUAUGGGCAACUCUUUUAUCAUUUUCUGUUUUGUCAGAAAAAAAUUCAGGGAAACUAAUUGGCUUACAGGUUGAAUUGGAAACAAGAGAAUGUUCAAUGAAAUGCUAUGACUCGUCUCUUGGUUUCUUGCAUCUUAUAAAGGCUUUGCUUUUGUAUACAAAAAAUGUCGAUACGAGACAUCUGCUUUAUUACCUGCAGUUUAUUGUUAAAUCUGUUAUCAGUCAGUUUGCUGAUAGAUCAUAUGAAAGUGUUGCACAGAUGUGGAAUUUAUGUUCAGUAGCAUGUGAUGCUUUGUAUAAUUUUCUUCACCGGUAUGCGAUAACGGCGGAGUCAAUUUUGAAUGCCGAACCACAAAUUGUAGUUCUUACGCAGAUUGUGAACGAUUCACCUGCAUUUCGUUCGCUAGCUGCAGUAUUGUGCACUGGAGUGGAUUAUCUAAAGAAUCUUUGUCCUCGUUCGACGGACCAUGAAAAAGCAGUAUUAUCCGUAUUACGUUUACUAGAUGUUUGUGUGUCGUUGCAUGCGCCCUUAGCAGAUGCUGUUCGCGCAACUGACUCCAGUAUUAUAAUAUCAACUCUAGAUUCGCUUUUUCUCUCAACUAGCAACAUAAAUGGGUCAUCCACUAUUGUUACGACUGUUGCAGCAUAUUUGGUUCAGUUCGAGCUGUUCCCAAAACAUGCGUAUCACAUCAUGUCAAUCCUACGAGAAUUGUGUGGUUGUCAUCCUUCUCUGCAGCCUCGUCUUGUUCAAUCCCUUUCACCGCUUGCUGUAGAAUUAAUUGAAAGCUGUGCCCGCCUGACAUCUGUAAAAAUGUUUGAGAUUGAAGCUUCAUCUCUUGAUGCACCCUAUUAUCAUGGUGUUGAUAAAUUAUCAACGCAGAAGCUACGUGGAGAAACUGUACGCUUAUUCUUAGAAGUAUUGUCAUCGAGUGUAGAAAGUAACCCGAAUUCUACAAACCUAGCGUAUUUUUUCUGUGGUUUCAAAAUGUCUGAUUUGGCGAGUCCUGUUGGUGAAACAUCAGGCGAGUUACACUUAGUUGACUUACUUAUGGAAAUGGCUUCUUCAAAUGCUCCUUUAUCACUACCAUUCUCUGCACUUUUUGAACCUACACUUCGGUUUAUAUUGCGAUUAGUGUCUGGGAAUUCCGAUUUUUCUGCCGCUGUACUUAAAUUUUUCCGCUCUAAUUAUGAUCUUGUGUAUCGUUUAGUAUCUUCUCCAUUGUUUAUGGAUGUAAAUGAUGUUAACAAUAAAGAUGAAUAUGCAGUGUGGAAAAAUUUGAGGAUUACUAUUCAAGGAUUAGUGCUCCAUGUCAGUGCCAUUGAAUUGUCAUUACUUUUGAGGAGUCGCCAUUAUAGUCAGUCAGAGCGCUAUAUUCACUUAAUGUUGUCUCAGCGAACAGAAAUGGGUGGAGAAACAAGUUCAUCUACUCCUUCAUAUUCUAAUAAAGUUGGCUUUGGCUACACUCCGAAUGACAGACGAACUGAAGAAGAGUGGCCUACAUUAUGGAAGUUGUUAAGGACGAAAAUUGAUAUUACAGAAGCAGAAAUUCCGCCGAUGGAAAUGCUAAAUAAUAAAAAAUUACAAAAUAUAUUAUCGUUAUGCUUACGCCCUACGGCUGCGAAUGUUCAGCAGUGUGAUAUCGAACAUUUAGAUUGGCUUCUCCAUAGAGAAUUCAGUGUGGUAAUUGAUGAAACUGAAUUGGGGUUGCAACCUGAAUUCAGUUCUGGAAUCCAUCAAGAUGCUAACCAUGUACUGCAUUACUGCAUUAGUUAUAAUCUAAAAACUAGUGCAGAAGCAUCGCUGCGACAACUUGUUUCUGGUUGGCUCUCGUUUGUUAAUGUUUUGACUAUAUUUUGCCCUGUUCCUUUUUUUACUUUUGAUGCUCAACAUCAAUAUCUCUUAGAUGCAUUUUACCUUUUAAUAAAUUAUGCCUCCGAUAUUCAGAUGGAUGCAAAACUCUCUUCGGCGGUUUCACAAUGUCUUUUAAGGCUGACGGCUUCGAUUUGCAUGCUGCUACAAAGUUUAGUAGAGAACAUUAAUGCAUUUAGAAGUGCUAUUACAGAUGUUGUGGACGUUUUGAUUCGUUUUUUGAUCCAACCAGAUAAACGAUCGAUGCAGACGAAACUUGAUUUAUAUACUUGCAUUUCACUUAUUUUAAAUUAUUCAUCGAAACCAUUAACUUUUAAAAGCACGGAGCAGAAGGAAAUUUUACGUUGCGAUGAUGACUUUUUUCUCGGCACAGUAUACACCAACAUUAUUCAACAAGAUGUUUUAAGAGCUGCAGUCAUAAAAUAUGGAUAUGAAUUAGUUUCGGUGCUAUCCAAAGACAUUUGCGACUCACCGCACAAGCUGAGGGUAAGUAAGUAUGUGUUUUAGUC